UUGAGGUUACUUUGGGUUUAUAUGGUAGGUUUAGGUCUUUUUGGUUUGUACACUGUGGAAUGGGGUGGUGUAUUUAUUUUUGAUUCUGUUAGGUUUUAUUUGAGAAUACUUUCUUUAUUUUUGGCGGUCUCUAUUAUUUUUUCUAGGUUUGAAUUGAAUUAUUUGUCUGGGGUUCUUAGUUCUUUGCUUUGUUAUAGUUGCGUUAGAGGGUUGUGGUUUUGGGUUUUUUAUGAGAUGUCGAUUUUGCCUUUAUUGUUGUUGUUAAUUGCGGAAUCUCCUUAUUCUGAGCGGUUUAUUGCUUCUUGGUAUUUGUUGGGGUAUGUUGUUGUUAGAAGUUUACCGAUGCUUUUAUGUAUUUUGUAUAUAGGAAGUGUUUGUGGAAGAUAUAAUCUUCAAUUGUGGUCUUCAGAGUUUAGCCUUUGUAGUGGGUUUUUGUUGUAUAUUCUUUUAUCUGUUAUGUUUAUUACGAAGAUACCCUUGCCCCCCUUUCAUGUUUGGCUUCCUAUUGUUCAUGCUGAGGCUAGUAGACCCGUUUCUAUCUGUUUGAGUGGUUAUAUUAUGAAGUUAGGUUUGUUGGGGGUUUGUCGUUUCAGCUAUUGA